AGAAAAACAAUUCUCGAAACGCCAGUUUAACGUCACAUGAUAGUAAGACGUGGCUUCGCCCUUUUUAAUCAAUCUUGGGAAAGUCAACCUUCUGUCUCUUCGCUUUAGGUAAUUUAUUUAUUUCAGCAAAUCAACGAAUGUGAACACAAAAUCGCUCUCUGUCUCUCACCGUAUCCAGCCAGCCAUGGAAGUAAUGUCUCACUCUUCAAGUUUUCUCCUUCCGGCCGACGAAGCUUCAGCUAAGAGAUACGCUCUCAUUGUUCUGAACCAGAAUCUACCUCGUUUCACUCCUCUUCUUUGGGAACAUGCAAAACUCCGCCUCUGUGCUGAUGGAGGCGCUAAUCGCAUCUAUGAUGAGUUGCCUCUUUUCUUCCCUCGUGAAGACGCUCUCCUCAUUCGUAACAGGUAUAAGCCAGAUGUUAUCAAAGGAGAUAUGGACUCUAUUCGCCCAGAUGUCCUCCACUUUUAUCUAAGCUUGGGAACUAAAGUUAUAGAUGAAUCUCAUGAUCAAGAUACCACUGAUCUUGAUAAAUGCAUCUUGUUUAUCCGUGACUCUCCUUUGAAUCAAGAGAGCAGCAAAAUUCUUGCUACAGGGGCACUCGGGGGAAGAUUUGAUCAUGAAGCCGGUAAUCUCAACGUCUUGUAUCGAUAUCCAGAUACAAAGAUAACUCUCUUAUCUGAUGAUUGCCUCAUCCAACUCCUUCCAAAGAUUCAUCGACAUGAGAUUCAUAUUCAGCCUUCUCUCCUAGGACCUCACUGUGGACUCAUCCCUAUCGGUGCUCCAUCUGCCAAAACUACAACCACAGGCCUUCAAUGGGAUCUCACCGACACUGAGAUGAGGUUUGGUGGAUUAGUAAGUACAUCUAAUCUGGUUAAAGGGGAGAAAAUCACAGUCGAGUCGGAUUCAGAUCUUCUGUGGACGAUAUCCAUCAAGAAACAAGACCCAAACAAGACCUUAAGGAGUGGGUAACAAGGACACUUUGCUAUUUUGUUUUCUACGAUACUCUUGAUGCAUUGCAAUAUUUGAAUAUUAUGAUGUAUAUGUUCAUUUUGUUUUCAGCAUACCAUUAAGUAGGAGAAAUAGGAGACUUGGUUGUACCAUUAGUACUAUCGUUAUUUUUGAACAUUGUAUGCCUUUUUCGCUUUCUUUUCCGAUAUUAUUUUGAUGGUUUUUGCAUUUAA